UCAAACUGACAAUCUGUCAUUUUCUCAUCUAUACCAAUCACUAUUUUGAUUGUAUUCGUAUAUCGACAUAAUAUAUAAGCCAAAAUGCCGACUGCGCUAGAUCGAGCAAUGCACUCAAAGAAUCUUUUUCUAGGGUUUGCUGGCAUGGUCACUGCUGCAGCGGCCUGGGCCAUAUGGGGUAGCGACAUAUUCCCUGCAGAAUCAGACCCAACUGGAGACCCUGAAACUUGGACUGCUGAAGAGAUGAAAAGGUGGCUCCGUAACAGGGGGCUUAUGCCAAAUAACGACGCCACACGUGAAGAGCUUCUGGAACGAGUCAUAGCAAACCUUCGUAUACCGCGCAGGUCCAGAACAUGAUUAUACUGUUGUGAUAUGUUGUGCAUUCCAGAGUUCACGUUCCAUCUGUGCACAUCAUCAGGUGCUUUGAGUGUUUCUCUUGAGUUUUUGUUUGUGUUGCGCAUUGAAUUGUUCUGUCGCU